AUGUCAAACGACGACCAGCAGAUUCUGGGCGUGCUCUCCGAGUACACGAAAGACGUCCGCAACUUCACGGGAUCGAUAUGGGACGCCACUGAUGCGCAUUUUGCGCAUGUCGCCGGAUACAUUAAGAAGAGCCUCCCCGAAGGAUGGCUGCCAGAACGCGCUCGACCGCGCCCGCCACCGCCGCCCCCGCAUCCCAUCACCGGUGCCUACCUGCAUCGCCUGCAAGACUGGGUGUCGCGAAAUCGGGCUUUGACGGCAGCCAUCGUCGCCUUUGUCGGCACUGGGAGUUUCCUAGUAUGGAGAGAACAGAAGAAAUAUAACCGCAAGCGAAGAGUGCGGCGAGCGAGCAAUGGGGCAAGAACAGAGGUCGUUGUUCUUGCUGGACCACCCAACUCGCCCAUCGUCCGAUCGCUGGCCCUUGAUCUCGAACGACGCGGCUUUAUUGUAUACAUUGUGUGCUCUACCAUGGACGAAGAGCAGCAGGUACUUAGCGAAUCAAGAGCAGACGUGCGGCCGCUGCACUUGGAUGUUGUGGACACGAUGGGCACAAAACAGGCCAUUCAGAACUUCAACGAGCUCCUUGUGAAACCGCACGUCGCUGUCCCGGGGACGAGCCCGCACAACCUCAAUCUUAGCGGUGUCAUACUGGUGCCAGACCUCAUCUACCCUACCGGGCCUGUAGAAAGGGUGACCCCCGAGCUUUGGUCAGACGCGCUGAAUGCCAAAGUACUCAACACCAUCGCCGUGACCCAAGCGCUCCUGCCGACCGUCUGUGAGUUCAAAUCCAGGGUCCUAAUGCUUACGCCCAGCAUCAUUGCGUCACUACGGCCGCCAUUCCAUAGCGUAGAGACUGCGAUCGUGAGUGCACUCGAGGGGUUCCUGGCAUCACUCAGGGCGGAACUGGGAACCCUUGGCAUUGAAGUUUUGCAAUUUCAUCUGGGAACUUUCGAUCUCACAAACGUGGGUCCGAAACAUCAUCUGCAGACCAGAGGGCUUGGGAGCCCACACGCUUGGCCAGCAACUACCAGAGCGCUGUAUGCCAACAACUUCGAAGCGCAAACGCGUGUCGCGCAGAACCGGGGGUUGUUAAAUCACAGCGGCUCAAGUCUUCGGGAAUUGCACAACGGCGUAUUCGAUGCACUCACGCAGAAGCGGCCAAGGAAGGUAUGGCGCGUCGGGCGUGGUAGUGUGACAUACGAUCUGGUGGGCAAUUGGGUGCCGGCUGGGAUUGUUGGGUGGAUGAUGGGGUUAAAACGUGUGUCCCUGGACACAGCGUCCGAGCCGAAGCUAGAGGAUAGCGUGCAACUGCAGUCGUGGGAGAGGAUCGAUGCGAUCGCCUAG